UAACUCUUUGCAUUCAUCUGUCAAGUCAAAGUCAGCAAAAAAUCGCUAACCUUCUCUUUGCUUUGCUUUGAGAGAAUACUGAGAAUUCACAGGAAUAUUCUAUUUAACACUUGAAUAAUACUGUUAAAAAUAUAGUAGAUUAAAUAACUUACUAUACGGCCAAUGCAAUUUUUUAUACAAUUAAAAUAAAGUAAAUUUAGGACAUUGUGCGCCGGUGAAAUAGUGAUCAUGGCGAAUCCGUCAUCAGGCGUUGUAGUACCGCGGAACUUUCGUCUUCUUGAGGAACUUGAACAAGGCCAGAAGGGAGUGGGAGAUGGGACUAUUUCUUGGGGUCUUGAAAGCGAUGACGAUAUGACUCUGACCCACUGGACUGGCAUGAUAAUUGGACCCCCUAGGACUCCAUACGAAAAUAGAAUGUAUUCUCUUAAAAUUGAAUGUGGUACUCGGUACCCAGAUGAACCCCCUACUGCAAGAUUUAUUUCUAGAAUCAACAUGAACUGUGUAAACAGUCAAACUGGACUUGUGGAUAACAGACAAGUCCCUAUACUGGCGAGAUGGCAGCGGGACUAUACUAUCAAGACAGUGCUGCAAGAGUUGCGACGCCUCAUGACAUUGAAGGAGAACAUGAAACUCUCGCAGCCCCCAGAAGGAAGCUCCUUCUAGUUCUUCUAUCAUGUCUCAAUGGACCCAAUCUACUCUGAUUCAUAUUGCAUAUAAUUUUAUAGCCAUAAUUAUAUGUGGCAUGUGGUAACUUCAUGUAGUUUGGCUUAAUUCGACACAGCUAUGCUUUUUGUACUUUCUUUGUUAUUUAUAAAUGAUAUUAUUGCAUUUAAUAUAUGUCAAGGUUACAUGGUAAAAACCAGUUCAUAAGGUAAAUUUGAAACAAUUUUAAUUUCAGCUGUAGAUUGGGUGAAUAAUUAUCUAUUUUCUAAGAAUAAUUUCUGAAACAGCUCUUAAUUACCAACUUAGAGGUAACACCCAUUUAAUUACAUAUUACCUAAAUUGUUGUGGCCUUUUAAAAAGUUAAACUUGCUUUUGGUAUAAUAGGCUAGUUUUACUAAUUUAUGCCUUUAUUUACAAAUAAUCUAAUAUUUGAAAACAAAAUGAUUUUAAUGUUUGUUAUUUGUAAAUCAAGGUGUAUUUGUUUUUAACAUUUCUAUAUCUACAACGUCUGAAAUUUAGAUAUGUCUCAUUUCUACAUUAUAUUAUAAUAAUUUUGAAUAUACAUAUUGUAAAAGAAAACUCCUUAAUUUUCCUUACAAUUGAACUUGAUCAAGUGUAAAAUAUUUUAGGAAAUUUUUAUUUUUAGGUACAUAAGAUAAAGUACUACUGGUUCAACAUAGCUUUACAGAUAUCAAUGUUUUUCGCAUAUGUAUUCUGAAUGGCAAUAGAAUAUUUCGACUUUGUUAUUCAUAAAACUGUUUAUAGAAACCUCAAUGUCCUGAAAUUUCUCUAGAAAUCCCAUAUAAAGCAAUGCAUGAAUUAUUGUUAUAAACCAAAUGCUAAGUCAAAUUGUUUUAUAGCAUUAAUAUUUUUACCAAUGUAUAACUAGCAAAGGUAAAUAAAUCGUAUAAUACUGUC